UAAACCCGCGAGAAGGAAACGGAAAGCUCAUCUGAACGUUCGUUUUUAGGGGAAGCCCUCGAAAUUGCUUUCGUCUCCCUUUCUUUCUUUCUUUGGAUCGAGAACGAAAGAAACCUUUGUGGUUGAUGAUGAUCGCCGCAGAGAAGGAAGGAAUCGCCGAAGACGCCGGAGACCCGGCAGCGGCAGAUCCCCGGGCCGCCUUGCCUUCUCCUCCGCUGCUCUCCCAAAACCGACGUCUCCAUAAUUUCUCGUUCCCGACUCUCAGCUGGCGUGGCCAGCGCUUCCUCCGCUGCUCCAAACUUUCCGACGUCGCCACAACCGAGCCCGCUAGAUCGGCCGAUCAGGACCACCGGACCUCCCAGAUGAAAUCUUCCCCGCAGAGGCCGUUGCCGGUCGCCCGGGAUCCGAAGGAGGAGGCGAGAAGAGGGAGGGAAGGAAAGGAGGCGGACAAGGCAUCCUCUUGUGCGGCUACCGUGGCAGAGGCCACAAGACCCUGGAACUUGAGGACGAGAAGGGCCGCUUGUAAUUUCCCAGCUGACCGGUAUGGUAAUCAUGGUUCUAUUUAUGGGGCUACAGCGAUGGAGACGAUUGAUCCUCCGAUGAAGACGGUGAGGCUGCAAUCGGAUGAGUCGAAGAAGGGUGGGAUGGAGAAGUUCUCGAUCUCUCUGUCUCGUUCGGAGAUUGAGGAGGACUUUUUCGCUAUCAAAGGGACGAAGCCCUCUCGGCGACCAAAGAAAAGGGCUAAGAUUGUUCAGCGAGAACUAGACUCACUUUUCCCUGGUUUGUCGUUGUCAGAAAUAACCCCCGACUCGUACGAAGUUGUUGAAUAAGGUCGUGCAAAAUCCUUUCUGGUAGUAGUACAUCCACAAAGACAAUGUCUUUUUCAAUUAUAUUUGAAUUUUCAAGCUAGAAGCUACAAUUGCUUUCCUGCAGAGCUUGAAGAACCUGAUGAAGAGAGGCGCCUUUCCGGGAAAACCCUUAAGGUUUUCAAUUGCUGCCUAAUCCUGUACGCUUGCAAUCAUGGCAACUUGGUUAUGUAGCACACCUUGUUACUCUGUAAAUUAUACGGUUAGAUUAAAUGAUGAUUAUUAUUAUUAUUUUUUGUCUACGUUGCAAGGCUGUCCGUUUCAAUCUAUUUCUUUAUUAGCUUUCUUUGAAAUUUUAAAAUUGUUUUGCUUUAACAGAAAAAAGUAUCAUGGAACAGUUAGGAAUCAUGUAUAAUGUAUUCCACUUCUUGUUCGAUGAAAUUUGUCUUUAGCUCUUUAUAGUGUGAGUUCAUACUCAUUGGUACCGGAGUAUCUAUCUCAUUGUUCAAUUAUUUCGGAAGAGUCGUAAAGAUUAGGAAUGAGGCCAUUAUCAAAGAUGCUAGAUGGUAAGAAUGUUUUCCUAGUGGGUUCGUUUUAAUCUAAGACAAUUCUCUAACGUUGAGAAUGUAGUUUUCUUUCGUGAAUUUUCUUUCUUCUGAUGUCCUCAGGCCAAGUUCAUUAUUAGAAACUUGGGAUAUUCAAACCUGUGACGCUAAACUCCAUGAUGAUAUCUUGCAAAAUGAAAAUGCUCAAGAUAUUUUAUUGUAUUUGCUCAUGAGUAGACAUGGUAAGUAAUUUGUUAGGAAGAUUAAUCAAUGGGAUGCCAAUUAUUUGUUACUAUGUAAUUAUGGGUCACAGCCAGAGGAACAGGUACUAGCACUUAAAUGAAAACUAUUUGUGAAAAGGAAAAUUACCAUUACCUUGAGUUCUAGGAUCUGAAUGCUUUGUCUUUGUUGCUGAGUGACACCUAGUGGGAUUGUUGGUUCUGUGUUAUAAUGAUUUAUAUGACUGCCUUAUUCAUUCUUACAAACUCAUUGUUGCUUCAGUAUUUUUAAGGUGAGGGUUGCUCUAACGUCUAGCUUUCUUACUAGUGCAUGUUCAAGUUCUUUUUGUUUUUAUGGCUUUCUUCAGUUGGGCUCAACUUGGAUUGUAAAUGGACAUUAUUUAAAGAUGCCUGUCAAGAAUUAAUGAAGUUCCGGUGAUUGACUUUUGAUAUUGAGUUUGCUAUAUUGUGUUUUAGUAGUUCUAGCUUCUAACAUACAGUUUUUUGAAAAAAAAGGAAUACUCUUGUCCGGAUCCAUCUCUUUCUUCCCUGUUGCAGGUACAAAAGUAAUUAAAUUUCCUGAGGUCUAAUUAUGAAUGUGCUACACACACACACACACACAAAAAGGCCAUAGUUUUCAAACUCCUAUGAUACCUACAUGGAUUGACAACUUGCUGCUGCAGCAUUUCGAAACCAGGUGAAUGGACCAAAGUUUUGUGGAAUGAGAAGAAGAAAAGAGCUAAAGAAUACUUGUAUAAAUAUUCACAAUGGUCAUAGCAGGAAAUAAUAUGCUGUAAGCAUGAAAACUCAUCUUGAAUACUGAUGGGAAAUACUGUGUUUUUUUUUUUUUUUUCUUUCACACAUGAUAAGCGGUGAGUACAGGAUUCCAUCCCAUGACUUUUUUUAUUUUUUAUCAAUAGUCAAGGAUUAUUAUUAUUAACCUCCAUCUUAACAUGGAAUUUGGGAGAUGCUUCCAACAGGGAUCAUAGUGCAAAGUGAUGGAGAUUUAUUUUUAAGUGUCAUUGCAUGCAUAAUAGCAUCGGAUUGGUAGCAUAUUCUAGCAGCAAAGAUCUAAUUUGAGUGACCACAACAACUCAAGGUGGGGUUCCGACUACAGAUGGGCUUAUAAUGAUGGGCCACUCCCCGUUUUCCAUUGGGCUAAACAUCUCGCGUUAUACGUUACCCUCAGCACGUGACAGUUGCCCGUGUCUUGAAGCAGCAUACGGCAAUGGGAGACGGCGCAGGGUAGUAGGGAUUAGCGACUGCUUUCCACCGCCAUGGCAGCAGCUGUUUCUCCUCCUCUCGUCGGCGCAUCCCCGCUCCUUUCCCUCCUCCCACCACCCAGAAAACGAUCCGCGGUGCCCCGAGCCGCCGUCUCUGCCUCCGCCUCCGCGAGAGCCAAGGCCUGCUCGUACCAGCUGAGGGAAGGGCAAUUUCGCCGUUUCCACCGCCUGCCCUCUGGCCUGGCCAUAGAGGUCAUCUUCCAGGAGGCUCAGGCCGCGGCUGCGGCAGAAGAAGGUCUCCGGAAUCCGCCGCUGGUUUUCAUCCAUGGGAGCUUCCACGCGGCCUGGUGCUGGGUCGAGCAUUGGCUGCCUUUCUUUUCCGACUCCGGUUACGACUGCUACGCCCUCAGUCUCUUGGGUCAGGGUGAAAGUGAUGUUCCAUCAGGGGCGGCCGCUGGUACUCUUAAGACACAUACAAGUGACGUAUCUGAUUUUAUCCGAAAAGAAGUCAGAUCACCACCUGUUUUAAUUGGGCAUUCGUUUGGUGGCCUCAUUGUUCAGUCUUAUAUUUCAAACAUGACAUAUAGCUACUCCUCCGAACAACCAUCUCUUUCUGAGAAUCUCGUUGCACAUCCACUGCUUGCAGGAGCUGUACUUGUAUGUUCUGUGCCUCCUACAGGCAACAGUGGUCUUGUCUGGCGAUAUCUUUUAACCAAGCCAAUUGCUGCUAUCAAGGUGACACUCAGCUUGGCUGCCAAAGCUUUUGCAAAUUCAUUGCCACUGUGCAAAGAAACAUUUUUCUCAUCGACAAUGGAGGAUCACCUUGUCUUAAAGUAUCAGGAGCUCAUGAAAGCUAGCUCAAAGCUACCACUAUUUGACCUGAGGAAGCUUAAUGCAUCAUUACCUGUAUCUCCACCAGCAAAAGGCACAGUGAAGCUCCUCAUAAUGGGUGCAAGUGAUGACUUUAUAGUUGACACAGAAGGGCUCCAGGAGACGGCUACGUUUUAUGGUGUACAAGCAGUUUGCGUGGAAGGGGUCGCCCAUGAUGUGAUGCUAGACUCUAGGUGGGAGAAAGGUGCACAAACGUUUCUAUCGUGGUUGCAGGAAUUGCAAAGAGAUCAGAUUUCUUGAUUCUUUUGAUGAAUCUUCAGAAGCUUCUUCAUCUCAGUGCACUGAAAGAAUCUUCUAAAAAAAUGUAACUAUUGGAAGUUUUGCCUCAAUGUACCUCUUAAAAUGUGCUCAAACCUCUCAGCCAAACUAUUAUUGUUCUUUUGUUGUUUCAUGUGUGGUUAUGACAGUUGAAAAUUUCCAUGACUAGUAUACUUUCAAA